UGACUGGAUACUCAUGAUUCGGUCCCAGUUAACUCUCCCAUUGGGUCUCGGAUUUCUAGAGAAGCCAAUCAGUGACACCAUGGUUCCGGGUUAUAGUGUAAUCACUGGAAGGGCGGAGACUUAGGUUUGACGCAAAACAAGUGGAUGUCAGUCUUGCAUCCCGGAACCCUCCUCCUGCUACUGUCGGGGACCCUGGCCCUGACUGAGACCAGAGCAGUGUCCCAGCCUGGCCAUGGGGAACCCCGCUUCAUCUCUGUGGGCUACGUGGAUGACACUUGGUUCAUGCAGUUUGACAGCGAUGCCCCGAGUUCGAGAAUGGAGCCGCGGUCGCUGUGGGUGGAGCAAGAAGGGCCCGAGUAUUGGGAGCAGCAGACGCAGGACUUCAGGACCUACACACAGACUCUUCAAGUGAGGCUGAACGAAUUGAGUGACCACUACAGCCAAAGCAAGGCCGGUGAGUGACGUGUGUCCGGGUCCAGGUCAUGAACCCCGUCCUCACAGACGCGCUGAGGUCGCCCCGAGUGUCUGGGUCCUAGCGUCACGCCGAA